CAAGACCUUUGUGAAUAUGGUGGAGAAAAUGGUGCAUUUGUAGUUGAGGAUGUCGUUGUUAGAAUAUACGUUAAAGAAGGUAACGAUGAUAAAUUUGUAGUUAUUGUUAUAGGAGCAGUAAAGGAUACAUAUAUAAUGAAAUCAAUUCAAGGAUUAUAUAUACAGUAUGAAUAG